ACUGAGAUGCGCAGGCGAUUGAUAGCGAUAGAACAUGAAAUGUAGCUGACGCCACAGUUCGGACAAGCAGACAGUCUUCGUCAGGGUAGCAACUUCUGCAAGGAAUCACUGCCCCGACGAAGACGCGUCGCCAUGCUGAAACUUUGGCUUGAGCUACAUGUCCUUGUUCUAGUACUGUUGAUCACUUCAAGGCUCCAUCAUCCUGCUAACCAGUGCCUUACAGCGGGAACUACAAAAGUGACCGUGGCCCACGUAUCAGCGGCUGAAUACUUUCAGAUUUCAGAUCUUUCGAUCAGCUACACAGAGCCGCAUCUGGCUCUCGAUUUCACAGCAGUCGUGGCCCGGACGCUGAGACAACGUCCCUGGUUCACAAUUCACAUGACUCGUCCUCCGUACCACAGGGAUGUCUGCGAAGACACCGGGAAACCUUGUGCUUACGAAAUGUGCGACAUCACGGCCCCCAGUGCGAGAUUGAGCGACGACAGGGAUAUCUGUCGCCUCGAUGAGGGACGGUACAACAUCAGUGUCACCUUGCCGGCGCCACCACUGAUUGAUCCCCGAGAACCAACUAGGAACGUAUACACAUAUACUCUUGAGUUUUUCGAGCAAAACAUGCCCGUCGGAUGCCAGACGUUCGUAUUCGAUGCUCUUCUUUUGAAGGAGAAAGACGAAGUAGGGCGAGACACUGCAACGGAGGCAGUCAACGUGGUUACGGCCCCUACAGCGCCCACAUUGACGGAAAAUUCGACGAGUAGCUAGAGAUCGGUGCAUUACACAAUGGCAACAAUACAGCUGUCUCUCAUCAGCAAGUCGCAAGAAAAUAACAUAAAACGACAAUCUCAGCAGCGAAAAGGGGAACUUCGCUAAUAACGUACGGCUACACAUCGAGCUAGUUGCAAAGGUGAAAAAAAAAUAAUAAAGUGAGAACGUGUGUAGCGCCUACAUUUUUCAUCA